GCUUCUUAACCGGCAUGUAUCCUACCCUUUAACGAUGCUCCCUCCCUCUCCCCUUAGUUUUUCUUGAAACUGAGAGAGAGAGAGAGAGAGAGAGAGAGAGAAGAGAGAUGGGUUUGAUGUUGGGAGGUAAGAGUCUUACAAGGUUGGGAGAAGAAUGGAGAAAAAUGGAGCAAAAGUUGAAUGAAGCAAUCUCUAAGAGCAAGGUAGGGAAAUACUUCAAGCUAGAAGCUAGGAAUAGCUGCUUUACUAGGGAAGUCCGUGCAGGUGCAGCUACAUUCCUCACCAUGGCCUACAUCAUCACUGUUAACGCGACUAUACUCGCCGACUCCGGCGGCACUUGUUCCAUCUCUGAUUGCUCCGGCAACCCAACUCCAGACUGCAAGUUUCAACCAAAUGAAGGUUACCAAAACUGUAUUUCCAAUGCCACAAAUGAUCUCAUUGUAGCUACAGCUUUGUCUUCCAUGAUAGGUUGUUUUUCUAUGGGCCUACUAGCUAAUUUACCAUUGGGCUUGGCCCCAGGUAUGGGUGCCAAUGCUUACUUUGCUUAUAGCUUGGUGGGCUUUCAUGGAUCUGGGCCUUUAUCAUACCGGACCGCUCUCGCCGUCGUCCUCAUCGAAGGUUGUAUCUUUCUUACAAUAGCUGCACUUGGUUUGAGAGCAAAGCUUGCCCGGCUCAUCCCUCGCCCGGUUCGCCUGGCCGGUGCGGCGGGCAUUGGGCUUUUCAUCGCUUUCACUGGCUUACAAGCCCAUGAAGGUUUGGGCCUCGUGGGCCCCGAUUCAUCCACCUUGGUGACCCUCGCCGCUUGUGUGACGACGAACCCGGUUACUGGCGAAUGUGUGCAGGGUAAGAUGCAGAGCCCAAGGUUUUGGCUUGGAGGGCUUGGGUUCAUUAUCAUAUCUUAUGGGCUUAUGAAGAACAUCAAGGGUAGUAUGAUUUAUGGGAUCCUCUUUGUGACAUUGAUUUCAUGGAUUAGGGGUACUAGUGUCACUUAUUUUCCUUAUACACCCCUUGGUGACACUAACUAUAACUAUUUCAAGAAGGUUGUAAGCUUCCACAAGCUUAAAUCCACAGCUGGGGCUAUCAGCUUUAGUGGCUUCAAUAGGAGUGAGGUUUGGGUGGCUUUGGUUACCUUACUUUAUGUGGAUGUGCUAGCCACAACUAGUACACUCUACUCCAUGGCAGAACUUGGAGGAUUCAUGGAAGAAAAUGGUUCCUUUGAAGGUGAAUACAUAGCUUAUAUGGUUGAUGCAAGCUCCACGAUAGUGGGGUCGACACUUGGAACUUCCACGAUGGCAACAUUUGUCGAAUCAUCGGCGGGGAUCAGAGAAGGGGGAAGAACAGGAUUAACAGCUGUGACUGUUGGGUUCUUCUUCUUCUUGUCAAUUUUCUUUGCCCCUCUUUUUGCUAGUGUGCCUCCAUGGGCUGUUGGGCCUUCUCUAGUCAUGGUUGGGGUGAUGAUGAUGAAGGUGGCUAAGGAUAUAGAGUGGUCCAACAUUAAGGAAGGUGUCCCUGCUUUCAUUACAAUGUUACUUAUGCCACUAACCUAUUCUAUAUCAUAUGGGAUUAUUGGAGGGAUUGGACUCCACAUAGCUCUUAAUCUCUAUGAUUAUAUUGUAGGUUUGAUAAGGUGGCUGAUGAAGAAAAAAAAGGUGGUGGGAGGAGUUCAAAAUCAAGUCUCUGCAGCUGCUGGUGCUGAUCCAACGGUUGAAAUUACUGUAUAAAUCCAUUUAAGACAGUAGCUAGCUUAUUAUAUAUGCAUUUUAUUUUUCAAAUUCAUCUGUUCAUCUAUGUAAGUAUGAGUUGUUUCUGAAAAGUUGGGAGUGAUGGUACCUUGGGACAUUCAUUUAAGACAGAAAUGCAAUGCAAAAAAAAGGUUAGAAAA